AAAGUAAACGGCCAUGUCGUGGUAGAAGUCAGUCCAGCAACGAGCGAGGCUUUCUCACGGCAUUCAUAAUUAUUCAGUGGCACGUAGUCUUGGAACUACGGCUCUGAAAGAAACACUUCUCACCUUUCGUUUGACAUUUAACAAUUCCGUUUGACGUCGCGUGUCUUUAGAGCCCGAGGGCAAACAUGAGUGGAGGAGGGACGCCGUACAUCGGCAGCAAAAUUAGCCUAAUCUCCAAGGCCGGGAUUCGCUAUGAAGGAAUUCUGUACACCAUUGACACUGAAAACUCGACAGUAGCUCUCGCCAAAGUUCGGUCUUUCGGCACCGAGGAUCGGCCCACCGACCGGCCCGUUCCCCCCCGGGAGGAGGUGUUUGAGUACAUCAUCUUCAGAGGGAGCGACAUAAAGGAUCUCACGGUGUGUGAGCCACCCAAAGCCACCAGCUCCCUGCCUCAGGAUCCUGCUAUAGUUCAAUCAUCACUUGGAUCCAGCAAUGCUUCAGCCGGGCCGUCAUUCCAGCCGCCUGGGUCCUACGCAGCGAUCAGCAAGGCCUCCGUUCCGCCAUACAGCCAGUUUGGUGUCGCGCCCCUUGCAGCUCAGCAGUUUGGUUCCACCGGAGCCGGAGGGCGCAUCAGUCCCCAGCUGGACUCGAUAACGAAACGUCCCUCCCUGGAGCAGACGGUGAAGGCCCCACCAUCAGCUACCGCUGCACCGCUUCCCCCUGUAGGGCAGAGGGGUCAGUCAGUGCCGGCGGCUACCAGACCCACCGCCCCCUCCGCUGGCAACCAGAGGCCCCCCGACCUCCUGGAGCAGAGAAGGGCUCCAGAGGUCCAGAAGGUGUUGCAGCCAGAACACGAACACAGCGCGCUUGAAAACCGAGAUCCCAACAAGCGCCACGCCGUUCAUUUGACAGCCGGCACUCAGCCCCCACGCCGUGGCCGCGGGAGAGGAAACCGCAGCAGAGGCAAACUCAACAUGCGCAGGGACGGCGUCAUGACCUUCGAAGAAGACUUUGACUUUGAGACGGCCAAUGCCCAGUUCAACAAAGAUGAGAUCGACAAAGAGCUCCAGAACAAGCUCAAGCUGAAAGACGACAAGAUUGAAAAGGCGGUAAAUGGAGAAGAAGCAGCAGAGUCUGAACAUCCAGCUAACGAGGGCACCACCAGCAGCAGCACCGCCCCAGUCACCACCACCACCAACGAGGAGGAGGAGGCCGCUAUAAGCACCUACUAUGACAAGACCAAGUCCUUCUUUGACAACCUGUCCGCUGAUGAUUUGAGUAAAGGGGGUGAAAGAGGAUUUUCAAGGGAGCGGAGGACCACCUGGGCAGAAGAGAGGCGAAUGAACUCUGAAACAUUUGGCAUCCCCUUGAGGCACAACCGAGGAAGAGGAGGUUUUCGCGGCCGGGGCUACAUGGGGCCCCGCGGCGGCAGGGGGCGCCCGCUGAGCAGAGGCUCCUUCGCGCCCCCUCGAGGUCCUCCGCCUGGAUUCCGAGGCGGCUUCAGAGGCGGCAGGGGCGGCCGGGAUUUCUCUGAUUUUGAAUACAGGAAGGACAACAAGGUGGCUGCAUAGUGCUGCCGGCUCCUCGAAGAACCCGACCCCUUCCUCCAGAAAUGAUCCUCCUGAAGAACUUCUUUGCUCUCGACAUUUGACGGAUCGAAUGAAGAAGUCGUCUGUCACCUGCAGCGGCGCUGCUUUACAUCGAGGGGGUGCAGCUCCCUUUUCUCCACUUUUGAGAAUUAGGCUUUUUUGUGUGUUGUUGUUAUUGUUUUAUGGCCCAGACAUGUUUGAUGUACAGCCACCGGAUGGAGGAGGACAUUUGUAAAUUCCUUACUUGGGAGCGAGUAUUUUUGCAUCGAUCCAGUUAAUUUCUUACAAAGAUGUAUUUGAUAUUGAAAACCGCCAUUUGCGAGAAACCCCACCGAUGCUGUGAGCAGGUCAUCAUCGAUCUUUUCUUUUUGUGGCAGCACCAAAAUUCAAGGCAUUUCCAUUCUAACCACAUUCUCCUCUGCUCAGACUUACUUAGUUUGGUUGCCACGUGUUCAGUAUUUUUUACCCAGAAUGCAGGGGAAAUUUCAAGUUGCAGGAUUUCUUUUCUGACGUCUCUUUAUUCUCUAACCAAUAGAAACAAAAUCUGAACAGAAUGGUGUAAUAUAACGUAUAUAGGCUUCUACUUGCCCCCUCUCAGUAAAUUGUGGCUCAUCAGACACUUGCUUUGUUAGUUUUUAGAAGGUUUAUUUAGAAUCGUGUACAUCAUACCUAGACCUCUUGCUGCUUCUGAUGAAUUCUGCUUGUUUUUUUGGCUGGAACUGCUCGCGUGUCCACGGUAGCAGCUUACUGCAGGCGACCAAUGACACCUGGCCAUCUAAUCGCUAUUUGGGGUUCACCACAUUAACAUGUUCGUUUUUUUUUUGUGGACAGGGUUGUUUUUUUACCUAGUUGACUAAACAAAAAGCAUUCCCAUGAUUAGUGUCCGUUCCUAUCAAAGCCUGUGGAAGUUCUUAGGAAAAGCCUUCAGUAUAAACCUGCAGUCAGAAUGACUUCGAACAAGUUUGAUUAGCCCCCCCACCCCCCCCCCCCACCAAAAAAAUGAGAAAUGCUUUGCUAUUUUGCCAAAAACACGAUGUAGGCGUUUGGUAAAGCUAUAACUGGCAGCCUUUAUCGUACUUGUUAAAUCUGGGGGGUAUUUGGCAUUAGGAGGGCGAUGGACGAAAAUGGUCAAUUUAUCUGCAUAAUUGAGCGCCUGCUUCUGGUGACCGGCACCCGUUGUUGGGAUGACAUCACUCAAUCGGCAGCAUUUUAGUUCUUACUGUUGCGUCAGCUGCAUUUUUUUGUCUCUUCAAAACUGCUUGCAGGUUUACUGAAAAUGGGGAAUUGUGAAUGUUAUUAAUGAUGCCUCAAAAUAGUACGUUCCACAUUCGACCCUGUGGCUUGUUUGUAGCUCAUCUUGUUGCAUUGUUCUCAAUGGAAGGGUUCUCUGGAGUGUUUUUUUUAAGGGACGUGACCUGGAUGUGAUGCCAGUGGGCUGAUUCUUUUUUUUUUUACUUUUUUUUUCGUUGCUCUGAUUUGUUUGUACUUUAGGGAGUGCCUUUUUUUCCUUCUCUUUACAGCUCUCCCUUUAACUAAAAGUUGAAUAAAGGUUUUUGAUAGCACUACGAGGCUGCGGCUUUACAAAACAAAGCAGCCGGGGGAAGUGGAUGUUGCACAGGUUGCUGAUCUCUGCAUGAUGAGCCGUAGAAAUCAUCCCUUUGGCUUUUUUUCCUGCAGUAAAACAGCGGGAUUGAAUUUUGAGACAAAAAAAAGUAUUACUGGACUAUUACAAACUGACACAUUUUCAUGUUUCUCCUUGAAGUCACUGGGUUGUUGACCAGGAAUUGUUUUCAUGAGAACCGCAGCGAAUUGAGUUUUUAAGUAAAAUAAAGAGUCGUACAAUGUC